CUUUCUUUCUCUCCUUUCCCUUUCGUCGUGGCGAAGUCGCAACAGCUACGUAGCCGCGUGGAGGUGAAAUCAGUAUCGGUAGUAUCGGUACUGUCAGUGUCGCUUCAAACUUCCGUGUGUCGUGUCUCACCUUACGAAGUUGCGGCGCACCUUGAGGUAACAGCAAGAUGAACGGGAAUCAGAUACGGCAAGCGUUUAUACAAUUCUUCAAAGACAAGGGUCACGAGUACGUGCACUCGAGCUCGACAAUACCCCACGAUGAUCCGACCUUGCUCUUCACGAAUGCCGGAAUGAAUCAGUUCAAGCCGAUAUUCUUAGGAACGGUCGAUCCCAACAGUGACAUGGCAAAAUGGGUGCGCGCUGUCAACAGCCAGAAGUGCAUCCGUGCUGGAGGCAAGCAUAACGAUCUGGACGACGUUGGGAAAGAUGUCUAUCAUCACACGUUUUUUGAGAUGCUGGGAAAUUGGUCCUUCGGCGAUUAUUUCAAGAAAGAGAUAUGCAAAUGGGCUUGGGAGUUUUUGACAGAAAUCUUGAAACUACCAGCUGAUAGAUUAUACGUGACAUACUUUGGUGGUGAUAAAAAGAGUGGAUUGGCAUCUGAUGACGAGUGCAAGAAUUUAUGGCUUUCUCUUGGAAUACCUGCCUCGCAUGUUUUACCGGGCAACAUGAAGGACAACUUUUGGGAAAUGGGUGAGACUGGGCCCUGUGGACCUUGCAGUGAGCUACAUUACGAUCGUAUUGGUGGCAGAGAGGCGGCUCAUCUUGUAAAUAUGGAUGAUCCUGAUGUUUUAGAGAUCUGGAAUCUGGUGUUUAUUCAAUAUAAUAGAGAAUCAGACGGCAGUCUUAAAUCGUUACCGAAAAAGCAUAUAGACUGCGGCUUGGGUUUAGAACGAUUGGUAUCGGUGAUUCAAAAUAAACGCGCUAAUUAUGAUACCGAUCUGUUUACGCCUUUGUUCACCGCGAUCGAAAAAGGUACGGGCGCCCCGCCCUAUCAAGGUAGAGUCGGAGCCGACGAUGUUGACGGUGUUGAUAUGGCGUAUAGAGUUCUGGCCGAUCAUGCUCGAACUAUUACAAUUGCUCUGGCAGAUGGAGGAAUGCCUGAUAAUACUGGUAGAGGAUACGUACUAAGGAGAAUUUUACGGCGCGCCGUGCGCUACGCAACUGAGAAAUUAAAUGCUAAGCCAGGAUUUUUUGGAACCCUCAUUAACGUUGUGGUUUCUCUUCUCGGUGAUGUUUUUCCAGAACUAAAAAAAGAUCCGCAAAGUAUUAUUGACACAGUCAAUGAGGAAGAAGCGCAAUUUUUGAAAACUUUAUCGAGGGGUCGCAAUUUGUUGAAUAGAACGAUAGCAAAACUAGAAUCAACUGACGUUGUGCCAGGUGAUGUCGCGUGGCGCUUAUACGACACUUAUGGUUUCCCAAUAGAUCUGACUCAGUUGAUGACUGAGGAGAAAGGAUUGAAAAUUGAUAUGAUUGGUUACGAGGAAUCUAAGAAACAAGCACAGUUAAUCUCUCAAAAUAAAGCUGGUGGUGUAGACGAUCAAAUUAAUUUGGAUAUCCAUGCCAUCACCGAACUGCAAAAUCAAGGUGUUGAACCUACGGAUGAUUCUCCCAAAUAUAAUUAUAAAGUAAUCAGUACUAAAUUAUACUAUGAAUAUGAUUUCGAACCAUGUAUUGGGACUGUAAUCGCAUUAAGACGUGCCAAGACUUUCGUCGACGAAGUAUUCUCUGGUGAAGAAGUUGGAAUUCUAUUGGAUACAACAAACUUUUACGCGGAGCAAGGAGGACAGAUAUAUGAUGAGGGAUUUUUAGUGAAAGUCGAUGAUGAGGCUACGGAAAUUCGCGUGAAAAACGUGCAAGUCAGAGCCGGUUACAUACUGCAUAUUGGUACUGUGGGUGAGGGCACAUUGAGAAAAGGUGAUAAAGUUCAUACAAAUGUGGAUACAAAACGUAGACGCUUCGUAAUGGCUAAUCACAGUGCCACGCACGCCCUGAAUUACGCCCUCAGGAAAGUCCUGGGAACGGAAGCCGAUCAGAAGGGAUCAUUAGUUGCACCUGAUAGGCUCCGCUUUGACUUUACAAACAAGGGAUCAAUGACAACAAAACAAUUGCAAGACACAGAAGUAACCACCCAAAAAAUGAUCGAGGAAAGCAAGCCAAUUUACGCCAAAGAAAGCAAUCUGGUUGUAGCGAAAACUAUUCGAGGUUUACGCGCGAUGUUUGAGGAGACGUAUCCUGAUCCAGUGCGCGUUGUCAGUAUGGGUAUACCGGUUGAAAAGUUAGAAGAGGAUCCCCUAAGUUCAGCUGCUCUUGAGACCAGUGUAGAAUUCUGUGGGGGAACGCACUUGCAUAACACUGGCCACAUAGGUGAUUUUGUGAUAGCCAGCGAAGAUGCCAUCGCUAAAGGUAUCAGACGCAUAGUAGCGCUUACUGGACCAGAAGCGACAAAAGCUAUAAGAACGGCGACGCGCUUACAAGACCGGCUAGUAGAGCUUGAAAAAACGGUCAAGUCGGAAAUUAAUCCCAAGGAAUAUGUGAAGAAGAUAGUAGAAUUAACAGAGGAAAUAUCUCAUGCCCUCAUUCCCGCAUGGCAAAAGACUAACAUGCGCAACACGUUGAAAGAUGUCAAAAAAACUCUCGACGAUAAGGAACGGAAAGCGAUGGCGGGCCUUGCAAACAAGGUUAUACAAACUGCUCAAAUUCUAAUAGAAUCCAAAUGUGGACAAGAAGUAUUCGUUGAAGUGCUGGAUGCCAAGAGUAAUACGAAAGCUCUGGAUAUGGCGUUGAAGAAAGUCAGAGCUAUAUCGCCGGAAACUAGUGCCUUACUUAUAAGCGUCGAUCGCGAUGUCGGCAAGAUAUUCGUUCUUAGUUCCGUUCCCGAAUCCGCCAUACACAAAGGGCUGAAGGCUAACGAGUGGAUCCAAGCAAUCGUACCUUUGAUGGAUGGCAAAGGAGGCGGGAAACCCGAAGCUGCGCAGGCUUCUGGUACAAAUAUACAAUGCCUCGACGAAAUAGUAAGCAAAGCCAAGGAGUUUGCCUACAAAAAGUUUGGAACAACAGAACCCCUUUAUAAUUGCGAAAUUGGUACUAACAAAAUUAAUAUUAAACAUAUAAAAUCUAACAUGAAAGUGACUCAACCAUGUUUCACGCUUAUUGGGAAUUCUGGGAGCCCUAAAUGCUACUUGGCACAAAUAGUUGCGCAAUAUAGCGACAAAUUUAUCAACUUUGUGCAAAUUGAUGAGAAUGUCGAGUAUCCUGGUUACGUAGUGUUAUUAACGCCAGAUUGUAAGAUACGUGACAGCAAUGCAAUUGCGUUCUUUUUAUCAAAUUCGCAGCUACGGCGUGACGAUGAUCUUGCUGCAUCCUGUCAAGUUAUCCAAUGGAUGAAUUACGCGCACAAUGAAAUUGCACCAGUAGUUGUUGGAUGGGUGCUUCCGUCACUUUUCAAACCUUACCAACCGAAAAAAAUGAAAGCAAAAAUGGAAUCUUGUCGAGAGGCUGUUAUUGAGAUUGUGAAAAAUAUGGACAGUAUACUACAUUCAAAGACAUACUUGAUAGGAGAAAGGAUCUCUCUUGCCGAUUUAGUUGUUUUUGCUGCAUUCCUGCCCAUGUACGAGUACGUCUUCGAUCGAUGGUACAAGAAGGAAUAUGUGAAUAUGAAUAGAUGGUUUUCUACAAUUCUGAAUCAGCCACAAGUACAACGUAUAAUAGAGACUUUGAAGAUUUAAAAGCUCAGUACAGCACUUAAUGCCAUUGCGAUAAAAAUUCUCAUUUUGUAAAUUUUUUACCGAAUUUAUUAUAGAAAAAUUACAUCGAAAGUUUAGUAUCUUUUUCUGUUGUGUUUACUUUAAGAUUAUCAUAUAAUAUUCUAAUCUCUUUUAAUAAAGUUGAAAUAUUGGUUCCUA